GGAAUGGAUUCAUGGCUGGAAAUAGGAGAUGGAAAACAGAAAACAUUAGGAAGUUGACAGGUUAGACAAGAGAUGAUUUCAAACCUGAGGUAGUUUUAGUAAAGAUGAUGAAGAGUAAGUAGAUUCAAGACUGAAGUGAUUUGGUGUUGGAUUGCUGGUGCUGUCAUUUGCUCAUAGAGAUUGCAGGAAAACGAAAGCAGCUUUGUUGGAUUAAGAUGCCCUUGGGAUAUACAAGGGACAGCUGUCCUCUGAAGUACCUGGAAGAGUUCCUCUUGGGAUGAAGGGAAUACACUUUUCUUUGCAUUGAGAAGGGAAUGAAUGAUGGCAGUUCGCCGUGCAUUAAAAGCUGUUUUGGUAGAUCUCAAUGGCACACUUCACAUUGAAGAUGCAGCUGUGCCAGGCGCACAGGAAGCUCUUAAAAGGUUACGCAGUUCUUCUGUAAUUGUUAGGUUUGUGACCAAUACAACCAAAGAAAGCAAGCAAGAUCUUUUGGAAAGGUUGAAAAAACUGGAGUUUGAUAUUUCCGAAGAUGAAAUAUUCACGUCUCUGACUGCAGCCAGAAGUCUAGUAGAGCAGAAGCAAGUCAGGCCCAUGCUGCUGGUUGAUGAUCGGGCAUUACCUGAUUUCAAAGGAAUACAAACAAAUGAUCCUAAUGCUGUGGUCAUAGGACUGGCACCAGAACAUUUUCAUUAUCAAACUCUGAACCAAGCAUUCCGAUUACUCCUGGAUGGAGCGCCUCUGAUAGCGAUCCACAAAGCCAGGUAUUACAAGAGAAAAGAUGGCUUAGCCCUGGGGCCUGGACCCUUUGUGACUGCUUUAGAGUAUGCCACUGACACCAGCGCCAUAGUAGUGGGGAAACCAGAAAAGACRUUCUUUUUGGAAGCAUUGCGGGGCACUGGCUGUGAACCUGAAGAGGCCGUCAUGAUAGGAGAUGAUUGCAGGGAUGAUGUUGGCGGGGCUCAAAAUGCUGGCAUGCUGGGCAUUUUAGUAAAAACUGGGAAAUACCGAGCAGCAGAUGAAGAAAAAAUUAGUCCACCUCCCUACCUAACUUGUGAGAGUUUCCCUCAUGCCGUGGACCACAUUCUGCAGCAUCUCCUGUGACCCUCCUGUGAAUGUGAAGCAACUURACACACAGCUUUCAUUGUCUGGAAUGGAUCCCUUACCAACUUGGUGCAGCAUCAGUAGCCACGAGCCAUUCAGAGCUGAUUAUGCUUUAACCCUCUUUUAUUGUGCAUUAAUUAGAAAGAAAGGUAUUGAAUUGCAUCCAGCUACUAAGCCUUGCUAAUCUCUUUUGUUUUAUUUUGUAAAAGAAGAUGAGACCUGAAGAAAAGAAAAGCUGAGAUUUUAUGCCAUUCCCUCUAAAAUAUUCAUCAGGUUCGCAGGGCUGGGAGAGAGAAGCUCCAAUGGGGAAUGGUGUUCUCUGCUGUCUCCUGCUGGAAAUCGGGAGGGGGAUUCAGACUGUGAAUAAAGUUGAAUGGUGGUUUGUAAAUUAUAAAGUGAUGCGUUGAAAGGUGYGUUAGCCUCAUGUUUUGAAAUUGAGUUCAACUGUGAGACCUAGCCAAAGAGCCAAGUGGAGUACAAGACAGAGGCAGCAAAAUGAAUUGUCCUUCAGACUGUUGAGUGAAUUUACUUUAACAGAUGUUGAAAACUAGAUUUUCUGUUGAAUUYCCAGCACGGGUGACUUCCUUUCUCUUCAUUAGCCAGAGAUGACUAAUUUAAAUUUAGAACCUGAUUUUAAUUUAAAAUAAUAUUUCCAUUAAUAACCUAUUCAUUGCAGAUACCUAUUAUACUGUGUAACAGUUGUUUUGGAAAUUUUAUGUAAAAUUAAAACUAUCAGUAUUUUACAGAUGUUUUAAUUAGACAUUGUUAUUAACAGGAACAGUGCAGAAACUAAAAUCAAGCCUUUAAUGUCUUAUAGACCAUGCAUUUUUGAAGUUAGUGUCCACCAGGGUCCUAUUAACUGUACAUUUGCAAGAUUUCAUUAUUUUUGCCUCUGACACUAUGGGAAAAAUCUUUUAGAAGCUACUGGGACAGAUUCAAGCUUUUAUGUACUUGGUUACUACAGCUGUAAAAUGAAAUCUCGUCUUGUAGCAUGGAUUAUUCUUCUCAUGUUAAACCCACCCAAAUGAAGGGGACUAAGUAGGUAAUGAUUUUCCUAGUGMAUUUGCAUACUGUGAUAAUCCUGGGCCUUUGCAAUUGUUUUACAGGGCUCUUGGGCAUUGAAUUAUUAGAAUGUAAUUGUACAUCAUUGUAGUGUUCACCUUAUUGAAGUGCACGCUGAUGUUAAUGAGCUUCGGGUUUUGAUGCUUGUUUAGAGAUCAGCUCGGUCUUGGAUGGGAGGGAGCAAAGCUAAAUAAAUGAUAGUUGGGCAAGCACUUUUCUUGUUUUUGCAAAAGCCCCAACUUAAUACUUAUGUYUAGAAGCAAAAGACAGACAUGGAAUGACCAAGCCCCCAGGUCAGCAGGCUGCAUGGAGUGGCUGUGAGCAGAGCUUCUGGAGUCCCACCAGCAUACACCAAGCCCUCUGACCUUGAGCAAGUCACCUU